AAAAACAAAAAACAAACCACGGAAUUAACUCCGUUGUCCUUUCUAUUUUAGAAUUCUUCUCCUCAAAUAUUAAACGAACACCUGAUGACCAAGUCUUUGAUAUUUCCAAAUGCCACAAAAAAGACUAAUGAAAUGGAUAAGCUUGCUACCGGAAUGGAACGUACAAGCUACGGUACAAAAGCUACGGAAGCUGCUGAAAAAACUGCGAGCGAGUCAGUCCUAACACAAGUAAAGAUCAACAACAUUUUCCGGAAACCGGAGAAGAAUUGUGAGGAGGAAUUCAUGUUAAGCUUUUCAGUCUCAGGAUUAACAUAUGAGUGUCACGGAACUUGGAAAGAACGAACCCCUAAGUCGGUAAUUUCGGAGACGUCAAUGGAAGGUUUUUCAACAGAAUUUUUAUCUGAUUUAUCUGAUAUCCAGUUCAACGAUGAUUACUGGAUCUUUGGAAUCAAUUCGGAAGCAGAAUGUAUAUAAGGUGGAUGGUAAAUAUUAGAAUAUGUACGCUUUUUCAAAUUAGUUGAAGAUUUAUUCUUAGAUAAUCAAUGUAGAAAAAAUAUUUGAAAAUUAUUUGGAUAAAACUUUGUCCGAUUU